AUGAAUUUUGGUUUCACCCAGGAGCAAGUGGCCUGUGUGUGCGAGGUCCUGCAGCAAGGGGGAAACAUUGAGCGCCUGGGACGCUUCCUUUGGUCACUGCCAGCCUGCGACCACCUGCACAAGAAUGAGAGCGUCCUGAAGGCCAAAGCAGUGGUGGCCUUUCAUCGGGGAAACUUCCGGGAGCUCUAUAAGAUCCUGGAGAGCUACCAGUUCUCUCUGCACAACCACCCCAAGCUGCAGCAACUGUGGCUCAAGGCUCAUUACAUCGAGGCAGAGAAGCUGCGCGGGCGGCCGCUGGGGGCUGUGGGCAAGUACAGGGUGCGGCGCAAAUUCCCCCUGCCUCGGACCAUCUGGGACGGAGAGGAAACCAGUUAUUGUUUCAAGGAGAAAUCUCGGAGCGUGUUACGGGAAUGGUACAUCCACAACCCCUACCCAUCCCCUCGUGAGAAGAGGGAGCUGGCAGAAGCCACAGGACUGACCACCACCCAGGUCAGCAACUGGUUCAAGAACCGGCGCCAGAGGGACCGUGCGGCCGAGACCAAGGAGAGGGAGAACAGUGACAGUGGUGCACUGAAGGAAGGAAGGGGCCUUCCACGAGAAAGACACCUACUCUCUAGCUCUGAUGACGAGAGCUCUCCCAUUGACAGCCCUGCAGCUCAUGCAUCCAGCCCUUCACUGCUCUACUCUGGUUUGCCACUUUCGGCUCCACCAGGAAACUCCAUUCACAACGUCCAGAGGGUAGAUUUUCUGCAGCACCAGCCACUCCACAAUAGUCUCCUGGGGCCCCUCACUUCUUCCCUUGUAGAUCUGGGCUCCUGAAACUUAACAGUGGAACACCCACUUCAUCCCCAAUGGACUUCCUUUGUUCUCCUUCCGUACUUCUAAGCACUCUCCUGCCCAGCCAGCAAAGGAACAUAUGCCAUCGGGUACAAAGCAUCUCCUCAUCUCCUCCUGACCUAUAGAGGGCAGUUAUAAGAGGAUGAGGCCUAUGGCACCUGCAAUGCCGUGCUAUUGCCCCCACAAUUCAAAAUUCAUAUUUUGACAAACUAUUCCAGAAUCCCACCAGAUCUCCACUUUCUCCAUUGAAAAAAAAAGCAAAACUUUGUGUCGUUAUGGAAAAGAACAUAUUUCUGCUAAAAUCAGAAACCACUUCUGCGGGAUGGGGGGAUUUCGAAAAGAUGGGAUUUCUGCUCUCAACACAUUCCCUGAUCCCACACCCCCUGCAAAAACUCCCAAAUUUGCUCAUACACUGGUUGAUCAUAAGGGCCAAGCCUUCCUAUCUUAUAAGAGAGUGGCAUGAAAUACACCUGAUGGCAAAGCAAGGGGAGCUCUGUCCCCAUGGAACCAAGCAAAAGUGAAGCAGUUAGCUUCGGUAUGAAGCAGAAUACAAGUGGAUGCAGCAGCUUAAACUGGGAAGCGCAGGAGCAUCCAAUUAAGAAGGUUAAUUAGGGCUUUAGCCUUGGCAGCUGAGCACAUGCAAACACCUACCCUCUGGAGACAGCAAGAGCAAUUAAAGCGCCUUGCAGAGGUUCCAACAAGCUUAAUGACUUUGACAGAGGACUUUAAUGAAGCACUUGAUAGUUCUGUGGGCGUCCAUAUGGGAAAUAAUGGCCUACUGAGCCUACAUUAUACUUACAGCCAUUCUGGGAGAGAAAUGUUAAGAGACAGAAGCUCUUUUGUAAGAAGGUUCAGCAAGAAUCAAUCACUGGAGUUGGGAGACAAUUCUUGAAUGUGCUUCUUGGAGAGGGUGGGAUGGGAUCAAGGCCUGCUGUGGUUUCUUGCUUCUGCUAGACCCUCUUUUUCUACCCCACUGAG